AUGUCUUUGAUACUUAUUAUGGGAUUACCAGCAGCAGGGAAAUCAACUCUCGCUGCGAAACUACUCGAUUAUCACCCAAAUUCUGUGUUGUUUUCGCUAGACGACAUUAACGGCCGAUGGUCAAGUGAAUUUCAAGCUCAUGUCGAUAGAAAAUCUUUCGAACAAACGGUUCGAAUGUAUCUGGAGCAAAAUUGCGAUGAUGAAUUUAAUGGAUGGGUGAUUGUAGACGACAAUUUCUACCUUCAAAGUAUGCGACGUCCAUUCAAGAGGAUGGCUCGUGCGUUUGCACUUCAAUUUUACUGUAUUCUGAUGGAAUGUGAUGUGCAAGAUGCUUUGCUAAAGAACUCUAAUAGGGGUGAAGAUCGAGUUUCUGAGGAAACGGUUCUCAAAAUGGCCCGCGAAAUGGAGGUUCCCGAGGAUGCUGUGGUCUACAAAAAUCAGAAUUUAGAAGAGAUUACCAAGCAACUUAGCAAAUCUCGUCCAAAACGAGCUCAGAGACAGAUAACGCCCCCUACUCAAACUUCUAACUCAGCUCUGUCAGAAGUAGACCGAAUACUGCGCACAGUGGUAUCAGAAGCCGUACAGGGAGGAAUGGAUGGCCGAAUACUCUCCUUUGCCAAGAAAGCUGUAAUGGAUAUGUGUCGACACUCGAGAUGUGCACCAGAUUUUGAUGGGAUUCGAGAGUUACUGGUGAAAGAGUAUCUCACCAUCAAAAGCAGGGCGACUGGCGAAUUACAUUAA